AUGUCGGACUUCGACAACAAUCCUUUUGCAGACCCGGACCUCAAUAAUCCUUUCAAGGAUCCUUCUGUUACACAAGUGACAAGAAAUGUUCCACCAGGACUAGAUGAGUACAAUCCUUUCUCUGAUUCAAGUACACCUCCUCCAGGAAAUAUGAGAAUGACUCAUGUACCCAGUACCCAGCCAGCAAUAAUGAAACCAACAGAAGAAUCACCUGCUUACACACAAAUUUCAAAGGAGCAUGCCUUGGCCCAGGCAGAACUGCUAAAGCGUCAAGAAGAAGUGGAAAGAAAAGCAGCUGAAUUAGAUCGCAAAGAAAGGGAAAUGCAGAGUGUAAAUCAGCAGGGGGGUAGAAAAAAUAACUGGCCACCUCUUCCUGAUAAUUUUCCAGUAGGUCCGUGUUUCUACCAGGACUUUUCUGUAGACAUUCCUGUAGAAUUCCAGAAGACAGUUAAGGUUAUGUACUAUUUGUGGAUGUUCCAUACAGUGACACUGUUUCUUAAUAUCUUUGGAUGUUUGGCCUGGUUUUACAUUGAUGCUACACGAGGGGUUGAUUUUGUAUUGAGCAUCCUCUGGUUCUUGCUUUUUACCCCUUGUUCUUUUGUCUGCUGGUACAGACCACUUUAUGGAGCUUUCAGGAGUGACAGUUCAUUCAGGUUCUUUGUGUUCUUCUUUGUAUAUAUCUGUCAGUUUGCUGUACAUGUACUUCAAGCUGCAGGAUUUCAAAGAUGGGGAAACUGUGGGUGGAUUUCGUCUCUUACUAGUCUUAAUAAGAGUAUCCCUGUUGGCAUUAUGAUGACAAUCAUAGCUGCACUUUUUACAGCAUCUGCUGUUAUUUCAUUAAUUAUGUUUAAAAAGGUGCAUGGUCUCUACCACAUUACUGGUGCUAGUUUUGAGAAAGCGCAGCAGGAGUUUGCAACAGGAGUGAUGUCCAGCAAAACUGUACAAACUGCUGCAGCCAACGCCGCAUCAACAGCAGCAACCAGUGCAGCUCAGAAUGUGUUCAAGGGUAACUGA